AUGUCUGAGCGCGGCGCAUUUCGUGGCCGAGGUGGCGGUGGCCGGGGUGGCGACCGUGGCGGGCGUGGAGGUGGGCGCGGCGGUCAUGGCGGGGGAGCUGGCGGCCACGCAGAGCGCCCCAAGAAGGAAAACAUCCUCGACUUGGGCAAAUACAUGGACAAGGAAUUGACUGUCAAGUUCAGCGGUGGCAGGGAAGUCAUUGGCACUUUGAAGGGUUACGACCAGCUCAUGAACCUGGUGUUGGACGAGGUCAAGGAAGCCGUCAUCGAUGAGGAAGGAAACACCCGGUAUCGCAAACUCGGCCUCAUCGUUGCCCGUGGCACACUGCUCGUGGUCAUCUCGCCGGUAGAUGGCAGUGAAGAGAUUGCGAACCCAUUUAUUCAGGAGGAGGAAUGA